AACCGAGCCACGCGCUGCCUCACACUCAGCACCACAAGACGCCGCCGCCGCCGCGGCCACGAGACUCGCUGCAGGCCGUAGCAUCGGCAUCAACACAGACACCGCCGCCUCGACGGACCAGCAGUGCAGUGCGCGCCGCGGCGGAGCGCGCGAAGCGAGGAGGCUGGCGGCGAGGUUGUCGGCGGCGGCGCCGCCGCCGAUGGUGGAGUGGUGGCGGAGGAAGGUCGCCUCCCGCGCGCGCCGGGCGUGGGCCGCCGUGUCCGCGCGACUCCGCGCGCGCAAGACCGGCAGCGGUGGCAUACUGAAGCUCCACGCGGACGUGCAGACCUGCGGGUACAAGGACGUCCAAGUCAUGUUUGACAUGAUCACCUCGGAGCUGGAGGCGGCGUCACAGGCCCAGAAGACGCUGCCGUCGCCGCGCAAAAGGGCGGUGCCGAGGCCGCCGUCUGCGUGGCCCGGCCGCUAGUCGUCGACGAUCGUCGCGGCGCAUAGCAUCCUCACAUAAAUGAACUACUCAGUCUAGUAGCGGUACUAGUUUAUCAAAGCCUUUUAUACCAGGCAUCGUACGUCCCCCUGCCCUUCUGUCCGGCAAGAAGAGCGAAAGAAUUGCAGCAAGAACAAUAAGAGAGAGAGACAGAGAGAGAGAGAGAGAGGGGCUCACAAAAAUCAUGUUUUGAGGUGUGUGGAUACAGGAUGAUAUGUACAGUGCUGAAUGUUUUUUUCGCCAGUUGGGAGGAAGAGGGAGCAAGAGGGGUUACUUCCAAUUUUCAGGUGUGUUUUUCAGGAUAUACUCUUUCUAAGAAAAUGAUAUAAGAAAGGGACCGGCUACGUCCCUAAAGUUCGAUGGGAA